GGCGUUCCACGCAGUCAGUGGACAACAGGAGGGGUGGGUUGAGUGAGCAGGGCUCCAGCAGAUUGAGCCCCGGGGGAGGAGGGGUUGCUCUACGUGACCUCUGACCUGUCUCCGCGGGGUGCAGGGCCGGAGAUGUGGUGAGAGUGCUGGCCAUGGCUGCGCCCCAAGAGCUCACCUUCCAUGCUCUGCGUUUGGGGGGCCCUGGUCACAUCUACAGAAUUUGAAGCGGCUGCUGACCUGCUUGCUGAGACCCCGGGGGCUACCACCAUCUCCAGCCUUGAGGAACCGCAGGGCCAUGUGAGCCUGGCUGUGGACACGGGGGACCAAGAAGAUGGAGACUUAGAAGAGAAUGACCAGACUCAGCUGCUGGGGGGUGAGAAACAACCUCCAAAUUUCUGGACCUUCAGCUACCACCAGUCUUUCUUCGAUGUGGAUACGCAUCAGGUGCUGGAGAGGAUCAAAAAUUCACUAUUGCCGGUACCUAGUCAGAACUUUGUGAGACACUGUCUUCGGCAUCAUCCAGACCUAUACGGGCCUUUCUGGAUAUGUGCUACCCUGGCCUUCGCACUGGCUGUGAGCAGCAACCUGGCCACUGUGCUGCAGAACUGGAAAGAGGCUUCUUUUUCUUAUAGUCCCCAGUUUCAUAAAGUUACUGUUGCAGGGAUCACCAUUUACUGCUACGCGUGGCUGGUACCAACGGCACUGUGGGGCUUCCUGCAGUGGCGAAAAGGGGUUGGAGAAUGUGUUGGCUGCUAUACCUUUCUGGAGAUUGUGUGUGUCUAUGGAUAUUCCCUCUUCAUCUACAUCCCGACUGUGGUCUUAUGGCUGAUCCCCAUCUCGGGGCUUCAGUGGUUUCUUGGGGUCCUGGCUGUGUCACUUUCAGGGGCUGUGCUCUUGCUCACCUUCUGGCCUCUUGUCCGUUCAGACACUAGGGUGGUAUCGGCAGUGCUGCUUACAGUCAUGGUUGCCCUCCAUGCCCUCCUGGCCAUCGGCUGCAAGUUCUAUUUUUUCCAGUCCCUGCCUUCGAGGUCCAUUCCUGUGACCCAAGCCCCACUCCACCAGGUCACACCACCUGGCUCCUCCAAGACUUCUGCAGCCUCCUAAAAGAACAGAGCAGCUGGGGGAAGCUGACAGACCAAAUACCAUUAGUCAUCCUGGGGGAGAAAGAAACAACCAGAGCAGGGUUCCCCAGCCAAGUGGUCAUGAUCUCCACUGAUGGAAGGAGCCCUCUGGUGCUGAGCCACAGUGUUCAUUCUGCUGAUCUGAAGACAUUUCUUACAAAUCAAAAAGUUUAUUUUUUAUGCAAAGGUGAUUUAAAGAGACUAUAUAAACAUGGAACUUCUCCUCACCUGUA